ACUGGCAAGUCCCUCCAGGAGUGCGCAUUACAUAUAAAAAUAAUCGAUCCACGUGAUUGUAGGGAAAAAACAGGGGUAUGAGAUGAUUUCUGAAAAGUGUCAGCAUUAAGAGAACAGAGCCCACAUCAGGCAACGAGCGUCACAGGUGUUGGUUGGCUAAUUCGUUGCCAUGGAUUUCCCAACCAAACACACAAAGGUCUUCUAGUUCAGUUAGAAAUUGGAGGCCCUUGUGUUCACUUGUUUGCUAGUAGUGAGUCCGUAACAAUUCUUGGGUGACUGCGAUUGAUACGGUGAUCUUGAAUGGUGGGUGAUAACCUGGUAGUUCUGCCAUCCAAAUCCACCGCACCCAAACUCAUGUGAGGUGUACAAUCAAGUGGAACGAAUUCAUAGGAAUUGCUUUUUAAGACUUGGGGCCAAAAUGCGAGCCCUCUGGAUCCAAGCCGCAAUUAGUUGCGUGCUAAGUGUCCUUCAUGGUCCCCCAGUUUCCGACGCUGAGAGUCACUCACGAUCUUCCCAGAACUGCUCCUCCCUGGUUGACAAACUCGAGCUCCCCCUGGUGGCCAAUCCAACCGAGGUAACGACUGCCUAUCAAGUUACCGAAGAUCCCUCGGCACUUCGAGCCUCGUUAGAAGAGGAUAACGAUCACGGAUGGCGGGGAUUCUAUUCCUCAACAGAGGAUUCUUUUUCUUCUUCUUCUUCUUCUGAGGAGGAGACCAAACUCCGGUCGCUGGAUUCCCAUGGGGGCGCCAGUCAACCCAGCUCGGGCACUAAUGCUUUUGAGCUAAUCAAGGGUCUUUCAACCGGGGUUCGGUCCUUUGCUCGAUCUUUGGAAGGGCUCUAUCAGUUGUUCCAAACAUUCCCAUCAUCCCAUCCGGUGGAAGCUCAUCCUCACUAUGAUUAUCAUUCGCCUCAACCAGAGGAACACCUAGGAUUGAAUUUAGCCACGUUGGACCAGUUGGAUCGGUCCCAAUGCCGGAUCCUCCCGCACGUUCCAUUUCCAUGCCCAGACACCAGGCCUACUGCUUAUUCGCCCAAGUCGGUCCAUAAACUACGACCUGGGGAUAUCAAUUUGGUCGGAGCCUUAGGGGAUCAUCUUAUCUCUGGAACAGGAGCCUUGGCUGAUUCCAUAACCAAUGCCGGCGAGGAGUUUAGAGGAGUUUCUUUCGCCACUGGUGGGGAUGGCGAUUGGCGGCAGUAUUUAACCAUUCCAAACCUCAUUCGCGAGUUCAAUCCCAAAGUAAUCGGAGCUUCCUCUGGUCAGUAUGGACAUGGACAAGAAAUCUUCAGGUUUACAAUUGUUUCGUCUCCUUUAGGCUUUAGCGAUUCACAAUCCGUUCGGUCUGGAUUCAAUCUAGCCGACAAAUCAGCCACGUCCAAGGACCUGAAAGAUCAGGCGCGAAACUUGAUUCGGAACGUUCGUUCAAGUGCCACCAUUGACUUCUUUUCGGAUUGGAAGUUGAUCACCAUACAAGUCGGUAACGGGGACAUUUGUAGAUUAACCUGUCCUAAUAACCGAACACAAGACCGUUCUUCCGGCAUUACGAGCAAGGAAUUCAUUUCAAACAUUCGACAAGCUUUGGAUCUUCUCAAAGAUGAUUUGCCACGAACUUUGGUCAAUCUUGUCCCGCCGAUAGAUCCUAUGAUCUAUUCCGAGGCCAUAAAUCGACCCGUGGCUUGCCAUUUGACCGCUAAAAUAUUCUGUCCAUGUGUUUUCGAUCAUAUUGCCGUACCCAAGGAACGGGUAGCGCAAAUCCUCAGGGACUUUCGAGCCGAAUUAAGAGACAUGGUGGAUUCCGGAGUUUACGAUCGAACCGAGGACUUCACAGUUGUUCUCCAACCGGGUUUGGACGACAUGAGCUUGCCGAAGACAUCCAAGGCUUUUUUCGGACAUCACUUUGUAGAUCUUUCUUACUUGGCGCCCAAUUGCAUCUACCCAAGCCAAAAACUACAAGCUUUGAUGACCAAAGCCAUUUGGAACAAUUUGUUGGAGAAUUUCGACUACAAAUCCUCAUGGGAUUUCAAUUCUCGUCUAAGAUGCCCAACACGAGACGAGCCCUUUCUUUCAACGUAUGUGAAUUCCCGGUUUCCAAUCAAAGACGAACCGGAAAACGCAGAAUCGCCAUUUCUCAGGCGUGUCAAAAAGAAGAAACGCAAGAGGGUUUUAAAACGAAGCGCUGAUUUCUCUUGUGGAUAUGUUUGAUGACAUAGCAAUGAAUGAAUGAAAAGAAAA